GAACGUUAUGUUUACAGUAUACUGGCAGACCGAUAAGGAAAGAGAGGACUAUGAAAAAGUGCGACACUUCCAUUCUUCCACAUGGUUCUGUCACUGCUAAGGCGAGCUGCGCAGACAGCGAUAUUAUACCUCUCAUAGGAAAGUUACAGUGUUGUUUUCAGCAGCGAAGUGCUCUAGGUAUCACAGGGCGAGUUUUCAGUCGCACUGGCAGUUGAACGUUUGAUUGCAGAACGUUGAAGGAUUUUAAUGUGUUAUUUCGUUCUCUUUUUUUGAAGAUAUACUCGCACUAGAGACUAACUGCGCAGCGUCUCCAAAACGGACUGAAAGAUAGAGGAGACUUGCAAUAACUUUUACGCAAUCCGUCCAGUGUGGUUACAUAAACAUACGUUUAUUGAGUGACUGAAAGAAAACCGAUGAUAUAACAGCAUUGGCAACUUUUACGCACUUUCUCACCAUAACAUAAUUCUGAACAGCACUUUUUUUGGUACGUUUUCUGUCUAACCGAGAGAUUGAGAAAGAAAGAGAAACGAUGGUACAGCACAUGAGCCACACAGAGAGCACAGAUUCAUUCUCUCCUGGUGGGGACGGCACCGACACCGGAGAUAUGGACUUGGACAUGGACGCGUCUCCGACUCCCGGGUCUCCGCUAUCCUCCACGGGAGGGGAGCGAGGCAACGUCGCCUGGUGUAAAACCCCCACGGGACACAUCAAGAGACCGAUGAACGCAUUUAUGGUGUGGUCUCAGAUCGAGAGGAGAAAGAUCAUGGAGCAGAGCCCGGACAUGCACAACGCUGAGAUUUCCAAGCGGCUGGGCAAGCGCUGGAAACUGCUCAAAGACACAGAUAAGAUCCCGUUCAUCCAGGAAGCAGAGCGGCUGAGACUCAAGCACAUGGCCGACUAUCCUGACUACAAGUAUCGGCCACGGAAGAAGGUUAAGACGCCCAGCUCCAAGACAGAGCGGGGGGAGAGGGGAGAGAAAGGCACGGAUAGGAGCAGGGGUUCUAAGUCCUCAUCGAAAAGAGGCUCUGGGUCUAGGGGGAACAGCAGAGUGCCCAAGCCGGGACAGGGGAGCGUCAAGCUGCCUACCCAGGGGCAAGAGUGUGCGUCUCCCGCGGAUCACCACACGCUCUACAAAUCCAGGUCAGUGACUGGUGCCCGGCAGAUACCAGACAAGCCAGCCAGGCGCGGCUACAUGUUUAGUGGAGGAGGGAGCUUGGACAGCGGGCCACCCUCUGUGGGAGUCCCAGGGAGUCCCGCCCUGAGCAGCUCGUCUGAGUCCUGUGACCCGAUGAGCCUGUAUGAAGACCAGGCGACGGGGGCGAACAAAGCACUUUCCUCCAAACCUUCAACAUCCUCACCAUCAUCGGCAGUCCGCCUCAGGUACACACGUGCGUCCUCUCCAACCCCGUCCGCCUCUCACUCCUCUUCCUCCUCCCUCUCUUCUUCCUCGGAUGAAGAGCUGGAGGAUGAGCGGUUCGAGCUACAGCCGAGCCCCGGGUUUGAGAGCAUGUCUCUGGGCAGCAUGGGGCCAUGUGAGUCGGAGCUCGACAGGGACCUGGACUGGAGCUUCGGCGAGUGUGGGGCGGGAUCUCACUUUGACUUCCCCGACUACUGCACCCCCGAGGUCAGCGAGAUGAUCUCGGGAGACUGGCUGGAAUCCACCAUCUCCAACCUCGUAUUCACUUACUGAGUGGCGGAAAGGAGAGAAAUCACAGAGAACAAGAGGGAAAGAGAAGCCCCGCCCCGCGCAAAACUAAAACCCAGUGAGUGUGAAAGAAGAAUCUUCAGACAUUCUUUCAGAUUAUUAGGGAGAGUGAAAUGUGAGCUAAACUAACCCUCGUUUUGGAAAGAAUAGCCUAAUAUUAAUGACAUGUGUUUAGGUUAAAUUGUGCAGAAUGUGUGUAUAAAAAACAUAAUCGUCUGUUCCAUGUGGGUAUUGACAAAGACACGAACGGGGACAGACAAGGGCGCAUUGUUGCCUGGUGCGCCGAACUGAAGGAAAGUGCAUCGCUUGCAUUUGGAGAGAGAAGAGAGAAGGACUCUGAGCACGCCUCUUUUAGAAGUGACACACAGACACACACACAGACUUACUGAACUGAAGUAUUCAACCGGCUGGCAGGAGGAGGUUUGUAGGUUGAUGGUGAACAUGACUAUGGGUAAAUGGGCUUUUGGAGAGCUUGAUGUUGCCAUGGAGAUGAAAGCAGUAUAAGUGACCCACUUCAGUUGUUGUUCUCUGUGUGAGCGGGGUUUACGAAGGUGAUAUUCAGGUGGGUUUUUCUGAAGCUUAACAUGCAUGCACUCCCUUGUGGAGUAGUCUGCACUGUUACAUUGACUGAUGCAUCUGAAAAUAUGUUUAUUACAAUGUCAUUACCGCGCUGAUUGUGUGUGCGUGUGUGAGUAAGUGUGCGUAUGUGUGCGAGUGUGUGUGUGUGCGAUCACAGAACACAGUUCACAAUCACCAGCUUUCCUCUCAACGGCAGGACUUUUAAUGAAUUAACAACUCAAACUCAGAAUCUUUUCUCUGAAACCUUUUACACUCUGAAUGCACAUUUCAGGACCAAUUCCCUUACUGCGCAACGCCUAGCACAUCUGGCUGUAGUUAUUCUAUAUCAGAUGACGUUUUUUUAUAUAUCGAUGUAUUUACACCAGCCCAACAUGUUUUUUUUUAUUUUAUUAAUACUUUGAAGUAUUGUUAUUGUAUAAUAGGUCUUGUUUGUGUGUAAACCACCUGGCUGUAUCCCUGUGCAGGAGGGCUAGAAGUGUAUCUUAUUUAAAAUGUUGAUAUCUCUCACUUUUUAAAGGAGAACUCAGUAAGUGUGUCAUUUUUCUAUUUGUGUAUUUUUGUACGAUAUCUAUGGGAGGGAGUGCCAGUGGGUGGUUGCUUUGAUUCCUGAUGUUCAAAGCCUGAGGGUCCGUUGUCACAUAUAUUCUGCUCCUUUAUACAAUGUUUACACUUGACAGUAUCGCACCACAUGCUUCUUAAAGGCACAGUGUCUGUAUUACACCAGCCAAGUAAACACAUUGACACCCGCUUACGUCACUAGAGCGUCAGCUGCACCCAGUGACUGUGUUUCAACAGUGGAUUUGCAUAACUUGGACCCAGAUGUAUUUGUGCUGUCUUGUCAAGUCCUUGUCAAGGAGUGACACGAUGGCACAAACAGACUGGCGCCCAGGCUACAGUAUAUCAGAAUUGUUCAAGAGAGAGAUAGAGAUGCUGUUGGAUUGAGAGAAAACAUCGGUAUGCUUUUGUUGAUAGGUUUGAUUUGAAACCACUGACUGGAUGGAAUGUGACACUCACACAUUCUAAAUGCCUAUUUGAGUCAGAGGGAGGUGGAGAAAGGUGUAUGAAGUGCUUCGAUCAUCUAUCAUUGCGCAAUUGCAUAAUAAGACUAUUUAAUCGUUUUUCUACCUGUUGGCUUACUUGGCUAAGACUAGCUAGCUAAUUGUUUUUCCUAUAUUAUGGCAUGGCAAAUUAGCAAUUGUAUUUCAGAUUCAGGUAUAUGUAUAGCUGUUGUGUUUAAGAUUUUUUUUUAUUUUUAAGAAUAUCAAUUGAAGAUAUUUUUUGUUUAUUGACUGUACUAUAAUGCAGAUACGAUUGUGUUUCUAUGUACAAUGAUCAACGACAGACACUAAAAUUGCCAUCUUUUGUCAUUAUGAUGUUAAUGAUUGUGGUCCAGGAUCUUUAUUUUUUUCAUUUUUUUUUUUUUCCAUUUGUGCAAUAUGCUGUGUGUAUGAUCAUGUUUCCUCCAAUCGUACCAUAUCUCAUUUGAAUAUAGAACUCAACGCCAGCCAAUCGGGUCAAUGACUGCCUCAGACCUCUAUUACAGAGCAUUUUUUAUUUGUUUGUUUGUAAUGUUUGUUUAGUUUUUUUCAAGACGGAAAUAAAAUCAGCUGGAACUGAA